AUGAGCAUGUACAGAAGAGUGCUUAAGGCACUGGAAGUGCCAGUCGGAGAAAGAGAGACGCUGAGCGUCUUGAAAAACCCCGACUUGCAGCCUAUUCCUGUUAAGGAUCAAACAUGGGGGUUCUGGUCAAAUUUCGCAUACUGGGGUGUGAUUUCGUUUUCUGUUGGGACGUGGAUCAGUGCGGCUUCUGCAUUGUCUGUCGGACUAUCAUACGGAGAAACGCUCGGUACUUUUGUAGUAGGUGACGUACUGACAAUUGUCUUUACUUUGGCUAACUCGUACCAUGGUUUCAAUUGGAGAGUGGGUUACACACUUUCUCAGAGAUUUGUGUUCGGUAUUUAUGGCUCUGGUGUGGGGAUCUUGAUUCGUAUCCUGAUGAGUAUUGUGAACUACGGUUCUAACGCCUGGCUAGGGGGGUUGUGUAUUAACAUGAUUUUGGAUUCGUGGUCUCAUCACUACCUUAACUUGCCAAACACUUUGAGUUCACAUGUGGCAAUGGAUACUAGAGGUGUCAUCGGAUUUAUGAUUUUCCACGUUGUCACCGUUUUCUUCUAUCUCAUGAAACCAAAGAGUAUGAACUACUUUUUGAUUGCCUCGUGCAUUGCAACCUGCUUCUCUAUGCUUGGUAUUAUCAUUUAUUUGACUCACAAGGCUGGCGGUGUCGGUGAAUUGUUUACGUCGACCGAUACAACUGUUCAUGGCUCCCAAAGAGCCUGGGCGUGGGUUUACAUGGUUUCGUACUGGUUUGGUUCUGUAUCCCCAGGCUCUACAAACCAAAGUGAUUAUUCGAGAUUUGCGUCCUCUAAGACAGGUCUAUGGCUGGGUACUAUUUUUGCCUUGAUGAUUCCCACAGUUCUAGUGCCAGCUUUUGGUGUCAUCGGCGCUUCAACUUCUGAAAAACUGUACGGAACUCAGUUAUGGUAUCCAAUGGAUAUAUGCGAUUACUGGCUAAGAGACAAUUAUUCUUCAGGUGCCCGUGCUGCUUCUUUCUUCUGUGGUCUUUCUUUUACCGCAUCGCAGAUCGCUUACACUAUUUCUAACUGUGGUUUCGCAUCCGGAAUGGAUUUAAGUGGUGUUCUACCAAAGUACAUCAACAUUUUCAGAGGUGCGAUUUUCACAGCAGUCGUGUCGUUUGCUGUCCAACCAUGGAACUUUUACAACUCUUCUUCUACCUUUUUGACUGUCAUGAGUUCAUUUGGUGUUGUAAUGACUCCUAUCAUUUCCGUCAUGAUCGCUGAUAAUUUCUUAGUUAGGAAGCAGCAAUAUCCUGUGUCACAAGCAUUCGUUGUAAAAGGUGAAUUUUACUUUACAUGGGGUGUUAAUUGGAGAGCCGUAUUUGCAUGGGUAGCUGGUAUGGCACCAGGUCUUCCAGGCAUCGCCGCUCAAGUGAAUCCUGAUAUGUUCAAAAACGAUCCCGGUAUUGUUAACUUUUAUUACGCAGAUUCAUUUACAUCGUUUUUGAUCUCUUUCUUUACCUACUGGAUUUUAUGCUUGAUUUUCCCAGUAAAGAUCGGCAUUGCUCAUGAUGACAAGGACUUCUACGGUGCAUUUACUGAUGAGGUUGCUAGAAAGAAGGGAAUGAUUCCUUACAGUGAACUCGAUGCAGAUGAAGUCAAUCAAUAUCACUAUAAAAAUCACAAGAAGGAGGCACAAGAUAAUAGCUCCGACGCUAGUACUUCGGGCGAUGUCGACGUUGACAAAGUCGAAAUGGAAAAUGAGAACAAAGAAAAUGAAAAGUUGGACGUUUAA